AUGAGUGUAUUUUCUACCAAAUCACCACUAUUAUCGUCAUUAUCGUCAUCAUCAUCAUCAUCGUCAUCAUCAUCAUCAUCAUCAUCAUCAUCAUCAUCAUCAUCAUCAUCAUCAUCAUCAUCAUCAUCAUCAUCAUCAUCAUCAUCAUCAUCAUCAUCAUCAUCAUCAUCAUCAUCAUCAUCAUCAUCAUCAUCAUCAUCAUCAUCAUCAUCAUCAUCAUCAUCAUCAUCAUCAUCAUCAUCAUCAUCAUCAUCAUCAUCAUCAUCAUCAUCAUCAUCAUCAUCAUCAUCAUCAUCAUCAUCAUCAUCAUCAUCAUCAUCAUCAUCGUCAUAG